UUCCACAUCUGGGCAACUACCUCUUUUUGCUGAAGGACUAUGUUGUAAAAAUCUUUGAAAACUGUUAUUUUUCAGUCAUUCCGCGACUCUUCCGGAGGUCUGCCUGCUGGUGUGGGGGACUGCGGGGCCGCCUCUCAGCGAGGACGGCCGGAGCAGCGCCGGGGUGGACCGCUUCUGGGGCUGUUAAACGGUUUUUCUGGUGUUUCACUGCAAAUCAAGUUAGCUCCACAGCUAAUCUUUAAAAGUCACGUCACCUGUGCAUACUCAAAUUAAACGUUUCUCCGUAGAGGAGGGAACUACGGGCAAGAGUUUAACGUAUAGGGUUACCAAACUUUGUUGAAGUGUUUUUGCGUGAGAUUCGCAUUUUACGUUGUUUUUUUACGCAUUCAAAUAUAUUAGUGGGACGUAGCAGCAAGUGAGACGAAUUCACCGAUGAUAUUUAUAAGAGUGGACCGUAGACAAACACGGACACGGUGUUUUUUACACGGAAAAUGCAAUAGAGAGGCAGCAGUCUCGGGGUUGAGUCUGCUGACGCCGCGACUCUGGGUUCUCUGCUAGUGAGGCCUGCGGGUCGGGCUUCCACCGGGCUACAGUAGAUCCCUCCCCGCCGUCGAGGGCUCGAAGACCGGCAGGCGCCGCCGCCGCCGCCGGGGCUGCGGAUCAGGCUAUGGAACGGAUGGAAGUGGACCAAUGCGCAGGCGCAGCUGGCGGUGCGGGAGGCGGAGCCCUGCGGAGAUCAAAUAGCGCCCCCAUGAUUACCGGUGUCAGUGACGGGAUGACUGUCUUCAGUCCAGUCUCCUCGUCUCGGUACAGACGCAGCAGCGUGUCAAUCAACCCCUCACAGCUUGUACCCUUGUCACCUUUCUCUUUGAGUGGAGAACGACCCGACCAGAAGAGGCAGGAGGAGAACAUGGAGAUGAUGCUCAGAGGAAGUCUGCAGAGACUGAGUCCUUCCAGUCUGAUUCCAGCUCCUCCAGUCAGUCAGUGGCACGACCACACGCCAGUGUGGUUUCCUUCGCAGGACAGCGGCGUCACACCCAACUCUUCCCCCAGUCCCACCAGGAGGUUCAGACCUGCAGCUGCCGUCAGAUGGCCGGCGUUAGCGCCGCUGAAGAGGAAAGGAGGGGUGGAUUCAGACGGACCCCCAAAGAAGCUUUUUGUUGCUGGGGUGACAGACCCCACCCACCGCAGCAGCUUCACCGUCAGUGUCUCUCAGUCGACGACAGACUCCACCCCUGCAGGAGCCGUCAGCCCUCAGCCACGCACCCUGUCUCUGUCUCCACCCCCUUCCUUCACUUCCUUCCCCUCCCACCAUCACCCAGGACACUGAAGCCCACGUGAGUCCUCAUCCAGCAGCAGCAGCAGGAGGAGGAGGAGGAACAGCAUCAUCAGUACCUUAUUUCUGUCCAAUCAUCUUCCAGCUUCACUGUAAGCCCCGCCUCUUCCUGCUACCAGAGUAGACCUUCAGUUCAGGCUGGUGGGCUUUAUCCUCACAAACAGUCAGAUUUAAGAGAAAAGUUUCUGAUCUGUUCAGCAGUUCCUGCUGUUGUUCGAUUGGAUCUGUAUCUCCAGCAUCACUGACCUGAUUGAUUACCCACUCCAUCGGGUUUUUUAGCUCAAUAUUACAACCCAAGCCCUGUUUAGGCCACAUCCUAAUUGGUUGGCAAACCCUUUUUUCUUUUUUUCUUUUGGGAAAACUGCCUCUUUGGUCAGAAAGCUGAAAAUUCAACAAGAGUUGAGAAGGAUUGGGGGCCUAAAAUGUAAAUAAAAACCGCGCCAAUGAUGUGCAAACACCAUAAACCCAUAUUCAUUCACAACAGAACCUAGAAAACGUAUAGGACGUUUGAAACUGAAGCGAAUUAGAUGGCAGCAACACAUCUCAGAAGUCUGGACCGGAUCACAGUCCAUGGACAUCUGGGAAGCGAGGUGACCAGGUGGAGCUGCAGAGGAAUGUGGUCCCGCUCAGGUGGGACGUAGGGGCGGAGCUCAGCGGUCCCGGAGCUUUGAACAUUUCUGGACUGCGGGCAGGUCAGUUCAGCUCCUGGGCUCUUCUGCAAUGGAGGCAGGAGCAAGUUUAACGUGGUCUUGCGGACAGAUGCUAGACCUUCUCUGAAAAAGACACCGUCCGGAUGGGAGCAGGUGUUGCUUGCCUGUAUAUACCUUUCAGCUGCACAGACACAAAAGCAGAGUGGAAAAGUUUUCACUCUUCCUUGGUCUGCUUUAAAAAGCUUUGGUGGCUUAUCUGGAUCAUGCUCAGGUAGGGCUUCUGGUGAUUCUUACAGCUUCUAGACAUGUUAUUCACAGCUUGGUGAACUUCUUCUGUCCAUCUUUUCAAAGAUGCCCUUUUUAUUCUCAGUGAUGUCAUUGACAUGGAAGCCAGCGGGGACACGCCCACCUCAUGUCAAUCACAGUUCAGGCCAUUUUAGCUUGGCUGACUCAGUUUAUGAUAACCUAUAAUGUUACUCUGAUCAAAUCUGUCUAAAAAUCCUCAUUUCAAGUGUCCAACGUCUUGAAAUAAGGACGGGACGAUAUCUGAAACGUGUUCUGUCAGAACUGAAACCAGGACCAGCAAAAGUCUGAUGGGACCUGAGGUGGCUUGACCUGCUGCAGCCGGUGUCACAGACGGAUUGACUGCAGGUCUCAGCAGACUCCCAAUGUCAAAUGUAAAGACCACACCCCUACUUAUGCAUACAUGUGUUGCUUUAUAUAGUUUUACCUGUUGAGGAACAUAAAAGUACCCGUACAGAUGUCCUGGAUGUGAAAUGUAACUAUGGAGACCAAAACUGUUUUUUGUACCAGACUGUAAAUAUGUUUAUUUCUGCUGUAAAGUUGGACAUUUUAACCUGGAGAUCAGUGGAGAUGAACUCACUGGUGGAUCCGGACCCUGGUGGUCAGUAGAGGAACCGCAGGUUUUCUUAGUUUGGGAUAAGCUUCAGCCGGAAGUGCGCUUACUUGUAGAUGUUCCUCCAAGCGUUUUCAGGUGUUUUUGCCACCAAAUUCACGUUGAACACUUCAUGAAAUGAAAACGUGUCUCACUUUCAACAUGCGAUUCGCUCUGUUGUGGACAAAAUUUAGGUUUGUGGGGUUCUCUCUUCUGGUUUCUGUUUACAUUUUAGACCAUGUCCCAACAGAUUUUGAACUGGGCUUGUUUAUAAAUGCCUCCAUAUGAACUUUGAGAGAAGGGGUUUAUGGGUAAUUGCAUGUAGCAGAUGAAAGACAAGCAGCGUGUUUAACAUCAAAGGGGUUCAGUUGUUGAUGGUUUUCAUCACGCUGAAGUUCAGUCGAAUCCAAACGGGAUUCUCUGAAAACGCUUCUGAUUCGAAUCCAAACUGGACUGAUGAAAGGUCCAGAUCUCCUGGGGUCUUCUGAUUGUUCUUAUAAGGUCUUGAGUUGUAAUCAAGUCGUAAACACAGAAGGCCAUAAACCCUUUCCAGAGUGUUUUCAGGAACAUUUUGGUUGAACGAAAACCAAACGGAAACUUCAGCAGGACUUCUUCUUCUUCGGGUGUUUUCUUGUUGAAAACUUGCUGACGUUUCUUUUAGGAAGACGCAGAACUUAUCGGAGAGAGCUGGACGUUGAAGAAAGUUGACUAAAGACAACUAGACGUUUAAAAAAAACCACGGACGUCCGCUAAUACGUCGCUGAAGGACUUUGUCCGAACUCCAAACCAAACCGAGAGUCUGUAGCUUUUUGGUUUUUGUCUGCUUCUGCGGAAAACUCUGGAAGAUUGUUUUGUUUGCAGACGACAGACUGUUUUUGAUGUCUCUGGACCGUCUGCUGGUCGAUUUGUUAAAAGUGUAUCUAUAUGUGAAUACAGACCGUCACUUUUGUACAGAACUGAAUCUGCAAGAAGCAGCUUCACUCUUCCCUUCUUUAUGAUGCCAUUUCCAUUUUUCAUUUUCUCUUUUGGAUUCUGUUUGAAAACGCGAUGCCUCGUUUCCACUCGUGCCGGUGCACUCGUACGAGUGCCGUUAACCCUUUCGCUCCUACUGGAACUUCCUCCUGGGGUUUUCUGGGGCGUUGAACAUUUUCUCUGUGUGCGCGGUACCUCUGCGAGACGUGAACACUGUGCAGGCAUCCAGUGCUCGAAUAACUUUAAGUAGUGGGAUCGGCCUUUCUGUGAGACCCCGCUCCUGGAGCACCAACGACUGCUGUUAACUUUCAUCAAGGAGCAUUCGAUUGUGCCAGAGAGGGAUGUGUAUGAAAUCUAAAAAUACUGAUAUUGGUAAAUAUGAUACAGUUGGAGUUGAAGGUUUGCAGAUCAGCGUCAGCAGGACAAACCUUAUCCAUCGUCCAUCCUCUCCAGAUGCCUGGAAUCAGUACAAGUACCUCAGAUACAUUGAUUUUAAAUAAUGUCAUCAAUAACUCCAUAGAACAGAUGGGAGCUCAGGAUCUUCAGUGUUUUUCUGAGGAGCUAAAAACUACAGACGUCUGAGUUUUGGUCCCUGUGGAACUGAUACUCGGCAGCUAUUGGCUCAUCUGUGUCUCAGGGGCGGGGCUUAGCGACAGGUCACUGGUCCAGGAUACAAAUGUUUUUGUCCCGUGGCAGCAACGAGUUGGCUUCAAGAAGUUAGCAGUAGCAUUGAGCCAGUCAACUUUCAAGACCUGCACUUCCACGUGUAGAACACCAGGGGGAGUGCGGCACGUUUCAUUCGGAGUAACGGAGGGCACGUGGAAACGAGGCGUCAAUCCCCCUUGGAAUCGGAUGCGUUAGCUGCGUUUCCAUCCAGGUUUCUAAUGAGCGGCAAGGAGUGAAAGAACUGCAGCGUGGUCAGCAGGUGGCGCUGAUUCAUGUCAAUCCACUUUGUGUUAACUGGAUUUAGUCUGGAUUUGUAUAAAACUUAAAUUCAGUUGUUAAACGGACGCAUUCAUCCGGUUUUGACGUCAGCAUGAGGUGGUUUUCUUUGAGAUUUAAAAAAGGAAUGUUCUGCAAAACUGAACUGGACCUUUUUCAACAAGACUGCCGUCUGGUUUCUGUAGGAUCUGGUCCCAUCAGUCGCGUUGCAGCAGUAAGGGAAACGCAGCUAACGAAUUCAGAUAAUUUAAAUUGAUUUCUGAUCAGUUGUUCAGACUGAGUUCACAUCAGGUUUCAGAGGACUUCUAAUCCAAACUCUGACUGAAUUCAGACAGGAAUCCUGACAUUCACUGACAUCAGAAUAACAGAUGCUUCGAUACCGAUUCCAGUACUUGUGUUUUAAGUACUGGCUGAUAGAAAGUACUGAACCCAUACUUGUCAACUUGAAGCACAGCCACAGCCAAAAGUGUAAAAUAAAGAUUUGUUCAUAUUUUGCCAUUUGAACCCAUCAAAGAUCCAAAUGUCCGUAGUAGAAAAUAACAUAAUAUUCUGCUAACAGAAUACCAAAGCUAGACAGGUAGCUUAUGGCGAAGUUCUCACCGACACCCUGACUUUCAGAAGUAUCGGCGAGUAUUUCUAAUAUUGGUAUCGUUAUCGGAGCUGGGAACCAUCUGUGAGAGAGGGUUCCGACUGAAUCCUGAUUGAACAGCUGAAGGAUUUUAACUAAAUUGCAUCUGGAUUCAUUUUUAUUUUUUUUUUUCUUCCAUAAAUAGAACAUACAUUUUCCCAACGUAAGAAAUCCAGCUGCAGAUCUGCUUCCAGCUUUUGCACUUUUGACCGUUUUUGUACAGUUUUGUACUUCCACUCAUCGUCGUGCCUAAACAUGCCGUCGCCUCGGAUCAGCGGCGGCAGGUUUUCCUCCAUCUGUGAGAUGCGUUUGUACGUAGAGUUUCUAUAAGCUGUUCUUCUUCAAGUGUCUUUAUUCCUCUGUAAAAGAAGGAGUGUUUUUAGUGUCUGAUCGGACAGUAUUCCCACAACUUUGCACACUGAGACUUUGACCAUUUCAGUCUGUCUUUCUUUCUCACAUGAGGGCAACAUGCUGUGAGGUUUUGCUGCUUUUUUCUGUUUUUCUGCUUCACGUCUCGACUUGUUGCCGCCUCUGAGGGUCGAUGCCAUUUCACGGACGAGUUUGAGUCGGCCGCUGUGCGAAUGUCGCGCCAGCCUUCCUGCAGCGGUCAGAGCCACUGCGUUACCAAGUAUUGAAGAUGACCUGUAUCGUCACUUGCGUUCAUUAUUUCAUGUGACAUUUAUAGUACACGAUCAAGCUAGCUGAUCUAACCAGGCGACAGUGUAUUUGGGAAGGUCACAUGACUUCCUUACAUCACUUAAGGGUUUAAAGGUUGGGUCACAAUGACACUGGGUCAACAGCUAAAAUUUGAAGGAAAAGUGCCUAAACUGUGGCUACAUAGUGGUCAAGUGCAACACUGUGCCCCUGACCUACCAGCGGAAGCUGAACUAGCAUCCCGGGCGUCACGCCAAGACCGUUGUUCUUUAUUUGCAGAAAGAAGCUCGAAUUUGUGAGAAACGGCAUUGACUCUCCACAGACGCAACAAGCGGCCAAAUUUCUGUCGCUGUACAGACAAAAACUGUAGCUUUAACACGUUUUUGUGUAUUAUUUGAAGCUUUGCACACUCACCUUCCCUGUGUUGCCAUUGGUAACCAUGAAGAGAGUUUUUAAUGUAGCUGGAUCACAAAGCGAUGAGAACGGGAGUUGAACGGCGGAGUUCUUGCUCGUACGAAAGUCUGCUUCAACGAAUGUUUUUCAGCCAAAAAUUCCCAGAUGAACUGAAACGGAUUCAAAAACGUACAUUUUGCUGGAUGUUCUUCCUGAGAGUUUUUGACAAGUGAUUUUUCUUUCCUUUGCUUUUGGCUUCAUGUUCGGGAGCCCCGUUCACUUCCUGUAGGUCCUCGCCGAAAUAAACGUCGUAGUUUGUAGCAAAGAAACAAAGAUGUUUCAGUAUUAAAACGAUGCUUCACUCUGGCAGAAAGUCACACAUUUUUGGCACCAAAUGUUAAGAAAAAGAAAUAAAUAACCAUUCCAAGAACUGUAGUUCGUCUUGAACACCGGCGUCCAACGAAGGAACCUUCUCAAGAAGUUUCUGCUGCAUCUCCUCGUCGUUGAUCAUGUUUUUAAAGCUUCAGACAAGAUGUGCGUCAACGAACUCGUCUGAAUGAAGAGCGUGAGAUAUUUCUGCAAGUUAAGAGAUGGACCGUUUAGAGUUUUUAUUGUUUUUUUCUUUUAUUAGUCAGACUUGUACUUCCAGAGUCCGUCCACUUAAAUGACCUAUUUAACUCUAUUAAAAAGCCAUUUCCAAAGAUUGCGCUCAUUGUCUAAUUGUUACUUUGCUUUCAAGCAUUUCUGAGAGAAAACGGACCGAUGCAGCAGAAAAAUUUGAGGCAGAUUUGUCGCAGCCACACUGAAAAGAGAAAAAUGUCAUUUCUCAAAGACCAAAGAUACCGAAAUUGUUCUUUGGACGUGUGUAAUUAGUCGACGUUAACGAUGCAUCGCAGUGUUAAAGAAUACCCUUCACUCGUCCCGCUCUUAAAUCCGUCAAAAUGACGUCUUGGUUUUCCACGUCUCAGCAAAGCUGCUGUGACAUGGUGGACGGAGCUGACCAAUUAGAGGACCGGGGGGGGGGGGGUUUGCUUCCUGAAUAACAGCUUACUGUAUCCUGGAAAUUUUAUGGAAAUCGGAAAGUAUUUUAGAUUAAAAUAUAAAUGUAGAAUGUGAAGGUAUUAAUUCUCCCGCCGUGACGAGAAAAACUCCACUUUUUGUUAUUUUUGGGCCAGAAACAGUGACGCUCGUCCAGAGUGAGAUCUAAAAAGGGCUGCCAGAGUUUUAUUGGUGACAAAGGGAACUAAAAGCACAUCUGUACAAGCAUUCACGAGUAUUUUCACUCUGUAAAUACUUUGCUUUUGUUUUUGACAAAUUCUCCAAGGGAGACAUGUGAGAUGAUGUAUUUUUAUGCAACGCUGAAAUUAAAGUCUAUAUUCAAGUGUUCAUUCCCUCGCGAUGAGAUCACGCCUGUGAAAACGACGCAGAAUGACUCUAUAGCUUUUAGUGGAAGUAAUUCAUGUACACUAUAAACAUAAUUAUAUAUAUAUUGUAUAUUAAAAACCAAUAAAAGAACAUGUGUACCGUCAGUCAGAAGGUCCAGUUUGACUUUUAUUUUCGUUCUGGAUUUCAAUGCACGCAACACAAACCUCAGUGUGACAUGAAAGCCUU